GCGACACGCAGUUUCUAUUUUAUUUUAGCGUUUUGCUUGACUGUUUCGAUUUGUACUACCAAGAUCAGAAGUCAUGUUCACCGUCGAGAAAAACUGGCAAACAACAAGACCAACCAUCAAAGAAAGAACAACGUUCAUGCUCAACAAUGAACUCUUCAGUGAUGUCAAGUUCGUUGUUCGCAAGAUGCAUGGCGAAAGUGAAAGUAAACAACUGAUUCCAGCUCACAAGUUUGUGCUCUCGAUUGGCAGCCCUGUCUUUGAAGCCAUGUUUUAUGGUGAGCUGGCCGAGACUGAAGACUCAAUUGAAAUGCCUGACGCCGAUUACGAGAGUCUGAUGGAGUUUUUUCGUUUCAUGUACAGCGAUGAAGUGAAUUUGAGCGGAAGUAAUGUUAUGGGAGUGUUGUAUUUGGCGAAGAAAUACAUAGUCCCAUCACUCGUUGACAAAUGCUCGGAGUAUUUGCUAGAUAACUUGGAGCCAUCGAAUGUUUUCAGCAUCCUGCCAUCUGCUGAGAAAUACGAAGAGAAAAACCUAGUGGAUCGAUGCUGGAAAGUGAUUGAUAAACAGACAGAGCUAGCCGUGAAAUCUGAUGGAUUUGGUGAAAUCGAGAGGUCACUACUUGAAACAGUUGUCAAAAGAGACACGCUGACAAUUGAAGAGAUUGAGUUGUUUAAAGCUGUUGACCUGUGGGCUACAAAGGAAUGUGAACGACAACGUUUAACCGCUGAUGGCUCAGUGAAAAGAAGGAUGCUUGGAGAGGAGAUAGUCAAAGCCAUACGCUUCCCAACGAUGAAUCACGAAGAAUUCGCCAGUGUUGUAUUGGAUUCUGACCUUCUAAAAGAGGCGGAAAUAAAAAAUAUCAUCAAACGCCUAAGUUCAGUUUCGACGUCUUCAACUAUUUUUCCUGACACAAAACGAUAUGGCACCAAGAUAUCGAGUGUUUUCGAAAAAUGUUGCCGGCUGGGUUCCUUGUCGAAUUGGUGUGGUUGGGGUUAUGGUAUUGGCCGUAAGGACUGUAUCGAUUUCUCGGUCGAUAAAGACAUAGCUCUACACGGAUUGUGCUUCUUUGGUCAGAAUGGGCAAUCUCAUUCGGUAACUUUGAAGCUAGUAGACACAAACACCAAAAAAGCGUUAAAAUCUUUGACUGGAACAUUUUCCUCAGUGAAGUUAGAUUGCGAAGAAUACAGCUAUGACGGUUUUGAGGUGCCUCUUGAAGCAAUUUUGUUGAAAAAGAACACAAGAUACGGUAUAAGGGCUUUCAUAACAGGUCCUAAUUCGAAGUUUGGGUUUGAUUAUAAUAGUUCUGUUCAAUGUUCGGGAGUAACAUUUACAUUUUUUAAAAGUGAGGAACCAGGAUCUAGAACAGAUGCUAGAAAUGGGCAAUUUCCGAUACUGCUGUUUUCUCUUUAGAGCAUCGCGUAACUUUGCCGACUACUAACAGCGCAAGCUACUGAACUGAUAAUGCUUCAGUAAGCACAUACAUUAGGGAGAAGUAAUUUGCUAUAAAAUCGUUCCAACUGAAAAACAGCUUUUGGCGCAAUGUUGGCUGACAAC